UUUAAUGCUCUCACUGAUUAGUUUGUCUCUGCCUUUCCCCCCACAGGACCUGUAGAGAUUUAUCCCGAGUGCAGCGCGUAUUGACAGCAAGCGGGGCAAGCCAGGCCUGCAGGACACGGUGGGCUGCAUGCGACUCUCUCUUUAGCUCUUUCUGCCAAGAGACCCAGACACACCACACAAGUGCAACAUGGAUUUUGUGAUGAAGCAGGCUCUCGGGGGGGCCACCAAAGACAUGGGGAAGAUGCUGGGCAGUGAGGAGGAGAAGGACCCGGACGCCCAGAAGAAGGAGGAGGAGCGGCAGGAGGCCCUGCGGCAGCAGGAGGAGGAGAGGAAGGCCAAGCACGCCCGCAUGGAGGCCGAGAGGGAGAAAGUACGGCAGACCAUCCGAGACAAAUACGGGCUGAAGAAGAAGGAGGAGAAGGAGGCGGAGGAGAAGGCGGCCAUGGAGCAGGCGUGCGAGGGCUCUCUGACGCGCCAGAAGAAGGCCGUCCCCCCCGGCUGUGGCGACGAUGACGAUGAGGACGACGAGAGCAUCCUGGACACCGUCCUCAAGUUCCUCCCCGGGCCGCUGCAGGACAUGUUCAAGAAGUAAUGCUCGCUGCAGGCUGCACUCAAGGGGUGCCUUUCUCGAAAGCGUAGUUGUUAGCAGUUAGCAACUUGGGUAGUUACCAAUGGGAAGUUGCAUUGCAAACAACAAAGUAGCUAACGUAGUUUUAGCAACUUUGGUUUCGAGAAAUGCACCCCAGACUAGU